GUGAGACUUUUCUCGUCUAGCACCUAAGCAGUUAUAUCACAGUAUUUGUGGAAAAUGUCCGAUGAUAUGCAGGAACAGAUGCUUGACAUCCAUGACCAAAUUCAUGAAGAAUCUAAGAAGGCUGGCUUUUGCUUUUCCGGCCGUGAGGCUUGUCUGAUUAUGUCUUCUAGGAAUGAUACCAGAGUGUCAAGACAAUUGGAUCUGAUACCCAGCAAAGAUUAUUGCCCUUUAUUUGUUGGCGAUAAGAGGGUCCAGCAGACGGAAUUUGACUACACGGAAUUAAACAAGGACACUAUUAAGGUCAUUGUCAGAGAAAAAUCGGUAUUAGUUCAGGGUACCAAGAAAAAUGAACUAAAUGAAGCCACUAUGACGUUUGACAUCCCAGAUCAGUGUGAUUUGAAUAGAGUCGAGGCAGGAUUCCUCUCGAACAACGUUUUAUAUAUUCGUU